CGGUUCUACAGCUUCUCAAGCAUUCUAAAGAAUGGGCUGAAUGAAGCCGAUUACGGGUCGGGGAAGCCAUUAUGGGUUACCAUUCUAGGGUUCACGGCUGAUUAUGCUCCUAUUCCGGACACUGUUAGCCUCAUGGAGGCCACGGCUGGUGAUGAUGAUGGCGCAGUUGAAGCCUGGUUGAACUUGAAUGCAAAGGAGAUGGCUAUCUCUCAACAAGAUCCUCACCUCCUUCAAUAUGCUACUGUUAAUCCCAGCAUCCGACUAUCAUGA